AUGUCGCGGCCACCAUCACAGCAAUGUGGGCGUCCCACGCCGGAAUGGCCUCACCCUGACUCGGCUCCCCGCACCCAACACGGCGGACCGAUACCUUUCCCCUAUCCAUACCGACAAGAGCCUCGACAUGCUCUACCUCAACAUGCGGGCUACGAGAGCACAACGCACUUUGGUCCCCGGCUUCCGGCUUUGGUUUCGGAAAGAAGUGCAGACCCACGCUAUCUGCCUUCCGACAAUGCGUACAUCAACUUCCAGCCUACGCAACAGGCGCUACCGCUGCGAACGUAUCAUCCACCCCCGGCAAGCUCUGAAGCCCGGGAUCAUUACAACCCAUACGAAGAGAGAAUCAACCCAGCGUUGGGCCCUGCCCGGGACUAUGAUGGUCACCGGAGCCGGACGUACGACGUGGAGUCCCAACCCAGCAGCAGUUCCACGGCAAUGCCCAGCCCCGUCUGGUCAGAUAAAAGCACGACAACGCAUGCAUUCAAUCCCAUGCUACCCUUCACCCACCAAGAAUUAAAACCCCAAUCCCGGAACGCAAACUACAGAAUGCCCCACGGCUUCGACAAGCUCCUCCACCACGAACCAGUACCCCAAUCUCCUCCUCCACAGUCAAGACGUCCAUCCACUCAGUCCAGAUACCACCUGCACAUCCGUCAACAGCCCAUCGCAGCAAGAGCCUGCGGCGCAGGCGACCGCGACCGUCGCCCCGUCGAUCCACCCCCAAUCGUCCAAAUCCUCCUUACAGACUUCGACUCCAAGUCCCAAGAAGACAGAGACCUCCUCCAAGACCCCCGCUUCACCGUAGGCUGUCUCCUUUUCCCGGUAUCCACCUCAUCCUCCUGGUCCGAAACAGAACCCACCCGGACGCGAGACAAAGACAAAGACAAAGAAAAAGACGACAUAGCCCGAACAGACGACCCCCUCUCAACACCCCUCCUCUCCGGCAAAGCCUUCAUGUCUCCUUUCUACGUCGACGCAGACCCAGACCCAAACUCCGCCCCAACACAUCCAUCAUCAACCCUUCCUCUCCCUCAUAACAACAACAACGCAUCCCGUCUCCAUCAACCAGCGACAUUCUUUAUUUUCGCGGAUCUGUCAAUUCGCUCUGCAGGUCUGUAUAGAUUGCAGUUCCGGUUGAUGAAUUGGGGGUCAGUCGAGGAUACGGGACAAUCGAUGCCUAUUCUUGCAGAGGCCUGGUCGGAUGCUUUUCGUGUUUAUCCUGCGAAGGAUUUCCCGGGGAUGAGGGAUUCGUCGAUUUUGGCGGAGGGAUUAAAGGAGAUGGGGUUUUUGGAGUUGAAGACUAGGGGACAUGGGAAAGGGAAGGGGAAGAAGAGGAAGUGA